CGAUUGGCAACCGGUAGCUUGGAUUUUGAAUUGCUUAUAUAUAUACUUACGGUUUCAACGGUGUCGAACGAAUUGUAACGACGUUUUUUAAGAGGCAACAGCUCCUGUAACUUCGUGUUCGAUUUACUGUAAAAUAGAAGAAAGAUGGUUCGAACAAGAGCAGAUCGCAUACAGGCGAAAGCCGUCGGUAGUAAAGCACCAUCGAAAGUCGCAGCUAUAGUACCGAGUUCGCCAGUUGUGACACCGUCUAAGAGGAGAGGAAAAAGCUAUUCCGGUGGCAACCCGUAUCAUCCAAGAGACACGCCAGAAUGGCAGAAACCUAUUACAAAUUUUCUAAAUCCUGACUCUGUUUACUCAGAAAUUACAAAUACCACUCCAGCUACUCCAUCUCCAAAACGUGCCAAAGAAUCAGCGAACAUUGCUUCAAAGAUUGAAGAACUCUGUGAUGACGAAGACUCCAAUAACUAAGCGGAGUCAAUAAACCAAGACUUACAUAUUUUAAUCAUUGUUAUUUUAAUGUGUCAACAAAGAGAGUUGCUCAAUUUUUAUUUAAAUCUUCAGAUGAUAGAAAAUCGUUUAGUCAAGUUGGAAAUGAGU